AUGUAUGCUCUUGACCAUGAUAGUACUUGGGAGCUAGUGCCCCUUCCUCCGAACGAAAAGACAGUUGGUUGCCAAUUGGUGUAUGCAGUUAAAGUCGACCUUGAUGGAGAAAUUGAUUGGCUCAAAGCCCGGUUUGUUACAAAAGGUUACACUCAAGUUUAUGGUCUUGAUUAUUGUGAUACUUUCUCUCUUUUAGCUAAGAUGACUACUAUUCGCCCCUUCUUUGCCAUAACAACCAUUCGUCACUGGCCACUUCGUCAAUUGGAUAUCAAGAAUGCCUUCCUACACUGUGAUCUUAAGGAAGAAGUUUAUAUGGAGCAACCUCCUGGAGAUGUCACCUUUUUUGAACACCAAUGUUACUUCCACCAAGAUCAUCUUCAGUGGGAGACUGCAAGUAAUGAAGAUGAUCUUCUUAUGCUCCCUGACUUAAUUUUAGGACCAAAAAUAGGGACUAAAAGUGUAACAGUUGAGAAGGAACCCACUCAAGAUGGAGCUGAUGUAAGAUUUGGGAAAAAAUGGAUUUAUACAAGGAAGACAAAGGCCAUUCCAGAAUCUGUCCAUGACCAACAAUCCAACCCAGCAUUACAUGAGAUUCUUAGGAUGGCUCCUAGGACUUUGUUUCAAUUAGAGGAAGCAGGCCGACAUUACUGUGAAGAUCAUUGGGAUGCUCUCAAAGAUCAACAUAAUGAAAUUGAUUAUCUGGAUUUAUUGCAGUAUUGUUUCUCUUCUGCCUAUAUGCUGGCUCUAUUACAUGAUGUUCUUGGGAUUGCUAUGGAAGAGAAAAGGGUUGGAUUUGGGAACGAGAAGAUUAACAGUCAUGUAGAUUGGACACUCGGAUCCUUCAUAAUUGAAACAAUGGGAGAACCCCUUGAAUUGGAACAUAUAGAUACGGGGAUGAUAGUAGGGAAUGAGUCAGUCACAUAUUUUUCAUUAUUUGCAUUUCUUUUCUUAAUCAUACUUGCUGCAUUCUUUGUUAUGCAAUGGAGAAAGCCACAAUUGAAGACGGUAUAUGACCUUGAGAAGGGACACUAUAUUGUUACAAGAAUACGCAGAUCACAGCCCCAGCUAUGCACAGAAAGGACCAUUGUCUGGAAUAUGUGGGAGCUAGCUCAUUGACUUUUGGCUGUUUCAUAAUUGUAUUUUUUUUUCUCCUCUUGUUUUUGUCUUCCAGAUGUGGGAGAGGGAAGGUGAAAGAGAUGCCUUAAAAUCUGGCACUUUAUAUUUAGUAAUCAACGGGGAUGUGCAGGUAGAUGGAUGGUCACGAUCAUAUUAUUAAAAUUAGAUAGUUACUUGCAUUUUAUGGAGUAUAUAUGUCCCACUCUAUUCUAAUGUUUAUUUCUUGUUAUUAA